GCUCCAUGCCCCAAAAUGGGCUGCACAUUCCUCCUCCUAGGUCAGCUUUGCUGCAAGGACACUGUGGAGCCUCUUCCUAUCCAGUUACUUAAAGGAACAGGUAGGUUGAGCUUGAAGAUGGAGUCGCCGCCCCUGGGAAGGCCACGUGCAAGCAUGCCAUUUCUGCUUCGCUCACUCUUGGCUCUCUUAGCCCUGUCAACUCCCUCACAGUGUCAGGGCAGUGAAGCGACGUCUCCCAAGGCGACGAACGGGACCCCAUUCCCGUGGCAUAAAAUGCGGCUUCCUGAGCACGUCAUACCGGUUCAUUACGACCUCACGAUCCACGCAAAUCUCACCACGCUGACCUUCUGGGGAACCACGGAAGUCGAGGUCACAGCCAGCCGGCCCACCAGCACCAUCAUCCUGCACAGUCACCGCCUGCAGAUCUCUAAGGCCACGCUCAGGAGAAGAGCUGGACAGGGGCUGCUGCAGGAACCGCUGAGGGUCCUGGAAUAUCCCCCCCAUGAGCAAAUUGCCCUGCUGGCCCCCGAGCCCCUGCUGGUGGGGCUCCCCUACACGGUCAUCAUCGACUACGCUGGCAACCUGUCUGACACCUUCCAUGGCUUCUACAAAAGCACCUACCGCACCAAGGAGGGGGAAGUCAGGGUACUUGCAUCAACCCAGUUCGAACCCACUGCUGCUAGAAUGGCCUUCCCCUGUUUUGACGAACCUGCCUUCAAAGCCAAUUUCUCCAUCAAGAUCAGAAGGGAGCCACGACACCUCGCCAUCUCCAAUAUGCCGCUGGUGAAAUCCGUGCCGGUUGCUGAGGGACUCGUGGAAGACCACUUCGAUGUCACCGUGAAGAUGAGCACCUACCUGGUGGCCUUCAUUGUUUCAGACUUUGAAUCUGUCAGCAAGGUGACCAAGAGCGGAGUGAAGGUUUCCGUCUAUGCUGUGCCGGAGAAGAUCAGCCAAGCAGCUUACGCGCUGGACGCUGCAGUGACUCUGCUGGAGUUCUAUGAGGACUACUUCAGCAUACCGUACCCCUUACCCAAACAAGAUCUUGCUGCUAUUCCUGACUUCCAGUCUGGUGCCAUGGAAAACUGGGGGCUGACGACCUACAGAGAAUCUUCUCUGCUGUUCGAUGUGGAGAAGUCUUCGGCAUCUAGCAAGCUCGGCAUCACCAUGACCGUGUCCCACGAGCUCGCCCACCAGUGGUUUGGGAACCUGGUCACUAUGGAAUGGUGGAAUGAUCUUUGGCUGAAUGAAGGAUUUGCCAAGUUUAUGGAAUUUGUGUCUGUCAGUGUGACCCAUCCGGAGCUGAAAGUUGAGGAUUACUUCUUGGGCAAGUGUUUCGAUGCAAUGGAGGUCGACGCCUUGAACUCCUCGCACCCCGUGUCCACCCCUGUGGAGAAUCCUGCUCAGAUAUUGGAGAUGUUUGAUGAGGUUUCUUAUGAAAAGGGAGCCUGCAUUCUGAACAUGCUGAGAGAUUACCUGGGUGCCGAUGCCUUUAAGAGUGGUAUCGUGCAGUAUCUCCGUGAGUACAGCUACAGGAACACCAAGAACGAGGACCUGUGGAACAGCAUGGCCGGGGUCUGCCCUGCGGGCGGCACACAAGAGACGGAGGGCUUUUGCUCCAGAGGCCAGCAUUCGUCUUCAUCCUCACACUGGCGACAGGAAGUCCUGGAUGUGAAAGCCAUGAUGAACACCUGGACGCUGCAGAAGGGCUUUCCCCUGGUGACUGUGACGGUGAGAGGGAGGAAGGUGCACCUGGAGCAAGAGCACUACAUGAAGGGGGCUGACGGCGCCCCGGAAACCAGGUAUUUGUGGCAUGUUCCAUUGACGUUCAUUACCAGCAAAUCGGAUGUGGUCCAAAGAUUUUUGCUGAAGACAAAAACAGACGUGCUGCUCCUCCCAGAAGCGGUGGAAUGGAUCAAGUUCAACGUGGGGAUGAACGGCUACUACAUUGUGCAUUACGAGGGUGACGGAUGGGAUUCUUUGACUGGCCUUCUGAAAGGGGCGCACACGGCAAUCGGCAGUAAUGACCGGGCGAGUCUCAUUAACAGCGCGUUUCAGCUUGUCAGCAUUGGAAAACUGUCGAUCGAAAAAGCCUUGGAUUUAUCGCUGUACUUGAAACACGAAACGGAAAUUAUGCCCGUGUUCCAAGGUCUGAAUGAGUUGAUACCGAUGUAUAAGUUAAUGGAGAAACGAGAGAUGGAUGAAGUGGAAACUCAAUUCAAGGCCUUCCUCAUCUGGCUGCUGCAGGGCCUCAUCGACGCACAGACGUGGACGGACGACGGCUCGGUGUCGGAGCGCAUGCUGCGGAGCCAGCUCCUGCUGCUGGCCUGCGUGCGCAAGUACGAGCCGUGCGUGCGCAAGGCUGAGGGCCACUUCCGCAGGUGGAGGGACUCCAACGGGACUCUGAGCUUGCCCAACGACGUGACCUUGGCAGUGUUUGCCGUAGGGGCCCAGGACACGGAAGGCUGGGAUUUUCUGUAUGACAAAUAUCGGUCAUCUCUGUCCAGUACUGAGAAAAGCCAAAUUGAAUUUGCCCUCUGUACAAGCCAGGAUCGGGAGAAGCUUCGGUGGCUGCUAGAUGACAGUUUCAAGGGAGAUGUAAUAAAGACUCAGGAGUUCCCAUAUAUCCUCACACUGAUUGGCAGAAACCCAGUGGGGUAUCCGUUGGCCUGGCAGUUCUUAAGAGAAAACUGGAACAAACUUGUACAAAAGUUUGAACUUGGUUCAGAUUCCAUAGCCCACAUGGUAAGGGGAACAACCAAUCAAUUCUCCACAAGAGCACGGCUUGAAGAGGUAAAAGGAUUCUUCAGCUCUUUGAAAGAUAAUGGUUCGCAGCUCCGUUGUGUCCAACAAACUCUUGAAACCAUCGAAGAAAACAUACGCUGGAUGGAUAAGAACUUUGAUAAGAUCCGAGUGUGGCUGCAACGUGAGAAGCCUGAACUCCAGUAGAGGCUGCCUUGCGGGGACCCUGUGAUCUGGGUCCCCUGGCUGGCCCUGGCUUGAACAGUUCUUUUCCCCUCCAUCGGCUCAUCGGUUCGGUCACCCCCCUACAAAAACAUUGGCUGUCGGGUUGCUCAUCGAUACUUCUCUGCCUGCCCCAUGUUUCACUUACAGGUGUUGCCUGCAAUGCAGACCCGAGGGAUGAGUUCGCGACCGCGGCAUUUUUUCAGGGUGAAACCCUGCAGCAUACAAAGCCUUCCACCCCAUGCCUCUGUCACUCCCAAUCCAUUCUCUGAAAUUCCUAGCACUGAGUAUUGUGAAGACUGAACACACCCACUCCUGGAUCAUGACUGGGGCUGGACCUGCCACGCUGGGGCCCACCUGUCACACCCCCUGCCCGGCUCCAGGCUGGGGCUUGCUUGCAGGGCCCUCUGGCUUUUGGUCAGGGGGCAGCCCCAGGAGUUGGGCACUGGGAGUGGAGGAGGUGGUGGGUGGGGGAGUGGUGUUGGUGAAUCCCCUGGUCCCCUUGCAGGUGGCCUGGGCUUCUGAGAGGUGGCCUUUCCUCGCCGCCUCCUGGGACUAGGGGCUGUGAUGUGAGGGGAGCCUGCCUCUGACCAGUGUGCCUGUGUUCUGGGUUCUAUACACCCUGCCUGCACCUUCUUUAAACUCUAAUGCUAAGCCCUCCGUUAGCUCGGGGACCCUGAGUGCCAGGGCAAGAGUUCCAUCUGAAAAGCUUCCAGCUGAGGUUUUACCUGAGAGCUGUGGGCCUUUAAAGAGGUGAUGUUUUCUCUCUGCUCCUUAAUUCCUGGAUAAGUCGUUGUCAGCCAAUAAGUGAUACUUGAAAACUGUACUAGGCCUAAGUGAAGACAAUGAAUUUUUUGGCACUAGAGUUUUUUAAGUCUAGGGCAAAUUAAGGUAAAGCAAUAUAUGGAUGACAAUGAUUUUUCUGGAAGUAUGUUUACAUUUCCAUUUUUAUACUUUGUGGCUAAUGGCUUGACAAAUGUAGAAAUGACUGGCAAUUUCUAUCUUGGGUAAUUCUUUUUAAAAGUCAAGAUCUUAUGUUACUAUUAAAGCAAUAAUUUUACAUAAUCUUGAUUAAUGAAACACGGAAAUAUUUUUCAUCUUGGUCACCCAAGAAAUCUUUCUUGGAAUCUUUUGGAAAAGCACAUUUUCUAGAGAAAGUUCUGCAACAGUGUGCUGAAAUCUCCUUGGUAAUAAAGAUGUUCUUGUCCCUAAGGAGUAAUUUGCAGUUCU